AUGUAAUGAUGAGAUGGGGAGUGUGAUGGAAGGGUCAUCUGUGUCAGGAUAGUGGACCAGUGAGCAAUUAGGUGACUGGAGAUACAGGAAUGAUUCCGGCGCUGGAUGAGUAAUUGCAGGAGAGCAGCAGCAGGUUCCUUAGAUACAGGACUCUCAUAGAUAAAGUCUAAAGAUGAUGGAGGACAGAGACCACAUAGCUGCCCGAAUACUGGACCUCACCAUAGAGAUCAUCUACUGGAUAUCUGGAGAGGAUUACACAAUAGUGAAGAAGAAAUCGGGGGAGUGUGUGGCCACCAGCAGCCAUCUCCAUGAGUCAGGAGGAUGGAGCAGGGCCCGGUGCCCCAUCAUGGAGCCUCCACCUUACUCACUGAUACAUGAGGAGAAGAUCCUAGAACUCACCCACAGGAUCACUGAGCUGCUGACUAGAGAGGUUCCUAUAAGGUGUCAGGAUGUGGCGGUCUAUUUCUCCAUGGAGGAGUGGGAGUAUGUAGAAGGACACAAGGAUCUGUACCAGGACAUAGUCAUGAUGGAGGAUCACCGCCCCCUCACAUCACAAGAUGGAGUCAUUGAUAGAAAUCCACCCGAGAGUUGUCCCCGCCCUCUGUAUUCCCAGGACUGUCCAGAGGGAAAUGUCCCAGAGAACCAUCAGGUAGAUGAGAUUUCUGUAAAUCCUCUAUACAUUGAUGUUUCGUUGAAAGCUUCCUUACGUUUCUAG